UACAUUUUGCAUUGUGAUGACAUUGUGCAAGUGACUGCAAAUUUGAUGAAUUUCAAAAAAUUUCAUUUUUUUAAUUAAAGCAAGUAGAAUUACUUAAAUCCACACUAGUUUAGUAAUGUGUUAUUGUAUGUAAUUGUUAACGUUCAAUUAGUUUUCAAUUAACACAAUGUCUAUAGUAAAUUCCAACAAACGACCAAAUGUACUGUUGCAAUUGUUUCUGUGUGUUUUACAGAGAAUUUGAGUUGUCGAAAUGAAGGCCGCUUCAAAUAUUUUCUGAUGCAAAAUUAAGUAUAAUUAGUAAGUUUUUAUCAUUGUAAAACAGAAAUGGCGGAAGUUACUUCUCCAAAAACGUGUCGUUCAUCUUCUGCAAGUCCUCCACCAAAGUGUGCCAUUUGUUUAGGAACUUGUACUAAUAAAUGCUACUCAAAUUCUUGUAUGCAUCAAUUCUGUUUUACAUGUCUUUUAAAAUGGUCAAAGGUAAAAGCUGAAUGCCCUCUUUGCAAGCAAGCUUUUAAAUCAAUUAUUCAUAAUAUAAAGUCAAAUAGUGAAUAUGAUGAGCAUAUUAUAGCAAGACCUAACCUAUCUUUGGAAGAGCAAAAUAUCCACAACAAUCCAUUUCUUUUUAUUCCUCCUGCACCUCCUAGGCAUUUUCAGUUCAGAACUACAUUCACGGUUGAUCCCAGAGGUGAACUGGCCAUUCAACAAAUGCUUUUAUCACAUCCCUUGACAAACAAUUUUUAUAUACCUGGGACAUUAACAAGAAGAGCAAGUUCUUCUACAAGCUUUAGGAGAUCCAUAUAUGCGCAGAACCUAUGGGUGUAUGCACCUCCUGAUAUAACAGGACAAUAUCGAAAUAUUAGUCCUAGCUUUUUCAGAGAAAAUCCGAUUGCACGCAAUCGCCUUGUUCCUUGGUUAAAUCGGGAACUAAACGCGUUGCUUCAUGAAAAUACACAACAAGUGAUGCAUUUGGUCGAUGUCAUCAUGGAACACCUACUACGUCAUCAUAUACGCAGUCGACACUUCCGUAGCCUACUAUUUGAGUAUUUAGAUGAUAAAACAGAUCAUUUCAUACACGAGUUUUAUAAUUUUAUGCGUUCACCGUUUGAUAUGAUUGGUUACGAUAGGCACGUUAUGUACACGGAUAGACCAGAAUCUCCUACUUUCUCUGUUAGCGACUAUGAAUCAGACAGUGAUGUGGCUAUUGUUACUGAGACGCAGCCUGUUACAGCUGAAAACAAUCCUUUCCGUAGGCCUACAAUUGAAGUAAUCGAAAUAAAUUCGGACUCGAGUAGAGAUUCAGAUGUAAUAGUAAGAGAACCGACACCCCCGGAAAUUGUUGAUUUAGUAGGUGACUCAGAUUCAAGUUCUGAGAAUAGCCCCUUGACCACCAGCAACAGUAGACAGAUAAAAAGAUCUCUGUCCACCGCCACUUCUUCAUCUGCCAGCGAUAACGAUGCUGUUGUUGCCGAUAGACCGACGUUGCCGUUGAAAUUAAGACUGAAAAGAAAACAUCAAAGUAGAGAGAAAAUUUGCAAGUUAAAAAACAGACGUAAGAGAACAAGGUCUUCGUCGACGUCGUCUUCGAGAAGUACAAGUAGCAGUAGUGGCAGUACUAGCAGCAGCACAACUAGUUCAAGCUGUGACAGUUGCUCUAGCACCAGUCGCGAGGAAGUUUAUAGACGUAAAAUGAAAUACAAAAAGUAUAAAUUGCGCAUGAAAUUACGAAAAUCGAAACAUCAUCUACAACAGUCGUACUAUAAGGUGUUGGACACUGGUGAUGGUCUGUCAGGUAAAAAGCGAAAGAGUCCUACGACUCAAAGCAGCGAUGUACAGCAAGAAAACUUGUAUCGAUCCAGACUACGACCAAAAAGAAGUAAAGAGGUUGGAAAACGGAAUCAUAAAAAAAAAGGAACAAAUCGGAAUCACUUAAAAACGAUCCUAGAUAAUUCAGUUUGUAAUAUAAGUGAGGAUAAUUCGCCUAAACAUAUUAAAGUACAGGAUAACAGUGAACAUUUUUAUCCAAAUUUUGACUCUUCCGAAACGACACAGAAAAACAACAUGGCGAAUUCUCCAAAUCAUAGUUAUACUCCGCCCAUAGAAAAUACCUCGGUCGAUCUUAAAUGUCCUUCCUCUCCAGCACCCAAGCAAGAAUGUUGUGAUUUCUACGAUUAUCGUAAAAAUGGAUACACAACUGUUAAUGAAAAUAAUGACGUUGCGCCUACUAUAACGAAUCACCGUCAAUUAUUGGCGUCGCUUUAUGGCGAGGAUUACUGUCGAAACGACGAAGGGGAUCCUGUUCGGAACGACACCGAAACUAUUCAUAACGACAGAUCACGACUCUCACCACCAGAGAUGACUAUAGAGUCAGGAUCGAAUCCGGGUCCAAGUCGUGGCCGUUUACGAAGUGUUAUCGUUAAGAAGGAGAACUCAAACUUGUGGUAUUCACGUCCCUUUAAUUACGAUUCGGACAGCAACUAAACUGACCAGUAAGUAACUGAACAAGUAAUUUGUACCUUUUAAAUGAUUUGGAAUACAAUUGGAAAGACUUCAACGUCAUUCUUUAUUUUUAUGAAUUAUUACGACGCUCGUUACGCGCAUACGUAAUUAAUGGAUGAAUAAAAAAACAGAUUGUUGCUUCAAUAGGUAUUCGUAUGGUUUUUACGUGUAUCUGUAAUUCUUCAUUUAGAAAAAUGUGCUUUUAUUUGCUGUAUUAUUAGAUGAUAAUAGUAAUAAUAUUUGUUGGAAAACAUCGUUAUUGAAGAAUCGAAACGGGAACUUCAUAAAACGUUUAAUCUUAUUACGUUAGUAUGUAUGUACAUAUAAUAAGCUUUUUCCUUUUUCAUAAACGAUUUGUGUAGUUUAAAAUUGAAGAAUGAUAUUUAAUCUAUUGAAAGAAAUAUACUUAUACUAGCUAA